GUUCGGCCCGGCCCCGCCCCGCCGCAGGGGCGCGCGGCCGGGGCCGGGGCCAGCAGCGCGGGCCGGAGCCGGAGCUGGAAAACGUCCCCGGGCCCCGGUUCUGAGCCCGCACCUGCGGUGCGGAGCGGCGGAAGGAACCCCGGGCCCAGCCGGUGCCAACGAUGUUCCCUCAAAACCGGCCCCCGGCCCAUCUCCAGGCACCCUCCGCUGCAUCAGGCACCGCUGUCGCCGCCGGCACCAUCCCUGCCACCCCGCAGUCCCUGAAGCUGACGUACCCUGAGACCUUGGACCGCAUCAAGGAGGAAUUCCAGUUCCUGCAGAACCAAUACCACAGCUUGAAGUUAGAGUGUGAAAAGCUGGCAACAGAAAAAACAGAAAUCCAGCGUCAUUAUGUUAUGUACUACGAGAUGUCCUACGGCCUGAACAUCGAGAUGCACAAACAGACGGAGAUAGCGAAGCGGCUAAAUGUGAUCUGCGCCCAGCUCAUCCCGUUCCUGUCUCAGGAGCACCAGCAGCAAGUGGUCCAGGCCGUGGAGCGUGCGAAGCAGGUGACUAUGACCGACCUGAACGCGGCCAUCGGGCACCAGCUCCAGACCCAGCACCUCUCGCACCACGUGCCCCCCAUCCCACUGACCCCCCACCCCUCUGGCAUGCAGCCCGCCGGCCUUGCUGGCCUUGGGAGCGCUUCCGGGCUUCUGGCGCUCUCGGGGGCGCUGGGGGCCCAGGCUCAGCUCCUCGCCAAAGACGACCGUGGAGUCCACGACACUGAGCACCGGGAGCGGGACCCGGGGCCCAGCUCCCUGGCGCUGCCCAACGGGGAGCGGGCGCGAGCCAUCUCCGAGUACCUGAGCAACAGCAAGAAGAGGAAGGUGGAGGAGAAGGACUUUGUGACAGACUACGGCAGUGACGCGGACAAAAGCGAAGACAACCUGGUGGUAGAUGAGGACCCUUCAUCCCCGCACAGCGUCCACUCCUACUCGUCCCGCGAGAACGGGGUGGAAAAGCUGCCACUGGGGAGGAAAGAGGCUGUGCCGCUCAGCCCGACCUCCAUGGCCUCCUCGAGCAGCACGUCCCCGUCCCGCAGCAAGGAUGUGCCCACGGUGGAGAAGGCAGGGACACCCAGCCUCAAGUCCAGCACCCCCACGUCCCAGGGCGAUGCCGUGACCCCAGGCUCCAGCGGUGCCCAGCAGUUCCGCCCUGCUGCCCCCAAGGCCCCUGUGGACCCCCUGGCCCUGGGCCUGAGGACCCCGCUGGGAGUGCAGAGCCCCUACUCUGCCACCUUUGGCAUGGCUCACCCCGCUGUCAACGGGGACAUGGCUGGGGCCGGCGCCUAUGCCAGCCUCCACCUCGUGUCCCCACAGCUCAACGGGACCGCAGCUGCCGUGGGAGCUGGCAGCUACGGGCGGUCCCCCCUGGUGCGUGAGCCCCCUCCCCGUGGGGCGUGGGGCCGUGGGCUGGGAGCUGCUCUCACCCCGUGUCCCCUCCAGGUUGGCUACGACCCGCACCCACACAUGCGCGUCCCGGGGCUGGCAGCCGGCAUGCAAGUGGGGACAUCGGGGAAGCCUGCCUACUCCUUCCAUGUCAGCGCCGACGGGCAGAUGCAGCCAGUGCCGUUCCCCCCUGACGCCCUCCUGGGCUCCGGCAUCCCCCGGCACGCGCGGCAGCUCCACACCCUGGCCCACGGCGAAGUGGUCUGCGCCGUCACCAUCAGCAACUCCACGCGCCACGUCUACACCGGGGGCAAGGGCUGCGUGAAAGUGUGGGACGUGGGGCAGCCGGGCACCAAGACGGCCGUGGCUCAGCUGGACUGCUUGAACCGUGACAACUACAUCCGCUCCUGCAAGCUGCUCCCCGACGGCCGAAGCCUGAUCGUGGGGGGGGAGGCCAGCACCCUGUCCAUCUGGGACCUGGCGGCCCCCACGCCCCGCAUCAAGGCUGAGCUCACCUCCUCCGCCCCCGCCUGCUACGCCCUGGCCAUCAGCCCCGAUGCCAAAGUCUGCUUCUCCUGCUGCAGCGACGGCAACAUCGUGGUGUGGGACCUGCAGAACCAGACCCUGGUCAGGCAGUUCCAGGGCCACACGGAUGGUGCCAGCUGCAUCGACAUCUCCAACGAUGGCACCAAGCUGUGGACGGGGGGGCUGGACAACACGGUACGGUGCUGGGACCUGCGGGAAGGGCGGCAGCUGCAGCAGCACGACUUCAGCUCCCAGAUCUUCUCCUUGGGGCACUGCCCAACGGGCGAGUGGCUGGCUGUGGGCAUGGAGAGCAGCAACGUGGAGAUCCUGCAUGUGAGCAAGCCCGACAAGUACCAGCUGCACCUCCACGAGAGCUGUGUUCUCUCCCUCAAGUUCGCUGCCUGCGGGAAGUGGUUCGUGAGCACGGGGAAGGACAACCUGCUCAACGCCUGGCGCACCCCCUAUGGCGCCAGCAUCUUCCAGUCCAAGGAAACCUCCUCCGUCCUCAGCUGCGAUGUCUCCACCGACGACCAGUUCAUCGUGACUGGCUCAGGGGACAAGAAAGCUACGGUCUACGAGGUCAUUUACUGAGUGCUGGAGAGGGGACAGCCGCUGGGAGGGGGCCACUCCACGGGAGCAGACGGACAGACGGCCGCGGGGGCUGACGGAUGGACGCUGCCCUCCCGGGAGCUGGCAGCCCAGGGCUGGAGCAGGCAGCAAGGGGCGGAGGGGACCCCGCCGCCAGGCAGGGCUGGGAGGCAGCUGCUGCUUGCAGGGACCUUCCUGGGGACUUUCUUCUUGUUUGGGUCUUUAGUUGUUGGGUUGUUUCUAAGUCCGGACUGGGGGUGGGGGCAAGGGGUCUUUUUUUUAAUGUAACUUUUUUGUUGUUGUUAAGGCUCUGGGCCAUGCAGCGGAGGAUGUGCUCCAUCCUUAUCUCCAUGAGCCUCCUCAAGUGUAUUUAAUAAUAAAAACAGACAAAACAGCA